CCACCCGAUGGGUUCAGUUUUCAUAACGUAAAAUGAGAUAAGUUAAUUUAUUGGAGCCGAAAUCAAUAAAGAUGCUGUUGACACUCCGCGUGCAGGGAACGCGGCACUGGGCGCAGUGCACCCGGAGCCUGGCCAGCAGCGCGGCGCCGGAGAAGUCGCCCUCGCCAGCGGCCCCGCCGCAGCUGGAGGUCAAUGGGAGCACGUACGCCACCGACGGCUGGACGAACGUGACGCCCAAGAUCCUCUCCUAUUUGGGAGCCAACAAGCACCUGCAGACGGACCACCCGCUGUCCAUCAUCCGCCAGCGGAUCGUGAACUACUUCUAUGGGGCGUAUCGCAACCAAAGGGGUAAUCCCCUGUUCUCCGUCUACGACAAACUCAAUCCCGUGGUCACGGUGCAGCAGAACUUUGACAAUCUGCUGAUACCCUCGGACCAUGUGAGUCGCCAGAAGUCCGACUGCUACUACGUCAACCAGCAGCACCUGCUGCGCGCCCACACCACCGCCCACCAGGUGGAGCUGAUCUCGGGCGGGCUGGACAACUUCCUGGUGGUGGGCGAGGUGUACCGGCGGGACGAGAUCGACAGCACCCACUACCCGGUGUUCCACCAGGCGGACGCCGUGCGUCUGGUGACCAAGGACAAGCUCUUCGAGCGCAAUCCCGGCCUGGAACUCUUCGAGGAGACGUGGUCUGGCUCGGUGGCUGAUCCCAAGCUCAUCCUGCCCUCGGCCAAGUUCAUGGACCAGACCAAGCAGCCCUGCCACACGCUGGAGGCCGUCAAGCUGAUGGAGCACGAGAUGAAGCACGUGCUGGUGGGCCUGACGAAGGAUUUGUUUGGGCCGCGCAUCAAGUACCGCUGGGUGGACACCUACUUCCCCUUCACGCAGCCCUCGUGGGAGCUGGAGAUCCACUUUAAGGACACCUGGCUGGAGGUGCUGGGCUGCGGCAUCAUGCGCCACGAAAUACUGCAGCGAUCCGGCGUCCAUCAGUCAAUGGGCUAUGCCUUUGGUGUCGGAUUGGAGCGCCUGGCCAUGGUGCUGUUCGACAUACCGGACAUCCGGCUCUUCUGGUCCAACGACAGCGGCUUCCUGUCGCAGUUCAGCGAGAAGGACCUGCACAAUCUGCCCAAGUACAAACCCAUCUCCCACUACCCGCAGUGCACGAACGAUUUGUCCUUUUGGCUGCCCGAGGACAUCGAGGUGGACGCCGGCUUCUCGCCGAAUGAUUUCUACGAUCUGGUGCGCUCGGUGGCCGGGGAUAUGGUGGAACAGAUCAGCCUGGUGGACAAGUUUAAGCACCCGAAGACGGGCAAGUCGAGUGUCUGCUUCCGCAUCGUCUACCGCCACAUGGAGCGCACCCUCACCCAGGCGGAGGUCAACGAGGUGCACAAGCAGAUCGCCAGCGCCAGCGUGGAUAGUUUCAAUGUGCAAAUACGUUAGUCAUAGUCUAGUUCUGUUUCAAUUUAAACCAAAAAGCGACACCAGUAAAGUUAGUCAUGUAUUUUA